CUCUUCUCUGAGCUGAGAACGACGUUUAACGAAACAAUGCGUUAAGCAAAGCCCUUACGUGAUUAGACUUCCUCAUUCGUUAUCCGAUGCUGAAAUGGACAAUGUUGUUGGGAUCACAAAAGCUAUGGUAGACCCAUAUCCCACACCAAGAGAAGUGGAAUUACUCUUGAAUUUUCGGACACAUCUGCAUACGCUCAGUGCCGAUAAUUCUUCCUCUAUAGCCACGGCCAUGACCCUUUUGCAGUGUUUUGACGAUGCGGAACGGUUGACUGCCACUGUGGCAAUGCUUGUGGACAAGGCUAUAGAGGACCCGCAUCUUGCCAAACCGUGUGCAGAAAUCUGUCUUCGAUUGGCUGAUUGGCAAACGCCGAUUUCCGACGAAUCCGAUGAGUUAUUGCGAUUCCGUAGCGUUUUGCUGCAUAUGACGCGAACAUAUUCCGAAAAAGCCGAUGAAAAUUGUUGUAAUUCGGAAGCUCAGGUGAAACUUGACAGGGAGAAUGGCACGCUGCGAAGGCGUUUGGAAACAGCUCAAAAGCGCCAUCUUGCCAGUGUUCGGUUUCUGUCACAGUUGCAUGUCUACGGCUUAUUGACGCAUCGUGUUAUUAUUCCGUUACUACAAAAGUUAAGCCACACGAAUGAAAAUUUGGAGGAUGUUAACGAGAGGAGAGUAGAGUGCGUGUGCAUAAUAUUGCAGACAUGCGGUCCUUACAUUAAGGAACAGAAGAAUUUGGAGGUCUUCUAUCAGAAACUGAGAAAGUUACUCGACGCUGAAGUUAUAUCGUCUCGUGUCAGUUGCAUGAUCGAAAAUACCUUCUCUGCGAGGAAUAACGGUUACAUUUCCCGAACAACCGCGGUUACGGCGACCGCCGUUCGAGAAACACAUGCUGCUGGACAGAAGCCGAAGCAGACGGUGACCGAGCCCGGACAGCUUUCGUUAUCAAUGGGUCAGCCGCUGCUCACCCGGGGCGGUAAAAACGUGGGGAUUCGGGUAUCCAGCGGAUCGACGAGGGCGCAAAUCUUUCUGGAUGCUAAUCUGGGCAGCCCAGUGCCGGCCGUGCAGACAGAUGGCAAAACUGGGCAGGAACCAGACAAAUUCCACCGGACCGGCAUAGUACAACCGAAAAACGGACCCAUCGCGGGCAUCACCAAUUAAUAACUGCACCAACCGCAAAUCGCACACUGGACCAUCGGUCUAAAAUCCCCGCUAUGACCACAGCAGAUAUUGGUCAAACAAACCGUCGAUCUAGGGUUUUUCUUCCCACAACCCCUAAUCCGAACCACGGUGAAUAUACCGAAAUGGAGCGGUUAGCUUUUGCAUUGGCGAAGUUCGACAUCUGACAGGUUAUAAAACCACAGAGGAAGCAGAAGCAUGCGCUUUCUGAACUUCGAUACGAUAUAAUAAUAUUACCUUUUUUGGUAUGAGCUAGUGUAUGAACUAACUGACAGUACAAAAGAAUUUAAGAAACUGUUUAUGCGAACAGGCGAGAGUCGUUCCACUUGUUUUUUGUUUCAACGUUUAAGUUUGGAGAUUAUGCGGGGUAAUGCUAUGAGCAUAUUAUGCACAGUCCCUUCUCGUGUUAACUGGGACAAAUUCUUCAUUUGAUUGUAUUAGACUGAGUGGUGCUCGUUGCUGUACAUAUUGAAAAA